UUUCCAGAGUAUUUGUGUGUCAUAAAAUUAACAAUGAGGUGAAAAGUCGUCCUAACGAAUUCGGGACAUUUGUUUUAAUAUUCAUUAUAUAAUGAGGCGCUCCGCGAUCGGUCGCCGCCUUGCGCGCUUUCACUCGGUACGCUAUUAAUUACGUACACGAUUGUGUUCAGUCGGUUAUAUUUACUCAACUGUUUCGACUGCUGAAAGAUAAAGAAAUAGCUAAAGUGGCGCGCUACACGACGCCCGUAUCUUAUCGCAUCCACUCUAUUGAUCACUCGACACAUAUCGCGAACGGCUCGCCUUAUACGGACGACCGUGCCACCUUUAUUGUCCAAUUUAACAUAUAGACGUGUACUGUUAUAGGCGCGAUGUUACCGGUGAAGUCAUAAUGUGCGUCGUUCAAAAAUAGAAAUACAGUGUUUACAGGAAAAUAGUAUCAAUAACAAAGUGUUGCGGUUUGUAAUUGAACGGAAAUGGCAGCUAAAUCGCCUACGAUGAGUGUGAAGUCGCGGGAAAUGAUCGGAGUGGAACAGUUCAGUCAGCGGCGCGAAGUGUUCGGCAAGCACGACACGGUGUUCCUGCCGCCGGCGUCGCCCGUCAGCUACCGGGAGGCCGAGCCCAUAGUCACGUCAAACCACGGUAAAACCACCGCCAACUUUAAACGUAACACACCCGGAUACUCAAGCAUGAGGGAGUCACGGAACGAAGAGCGACUCUUCGAGUUUCGGCCGAGGAAGUACUCUGAUAAUUUUACUUCAGAAUUGAAUCAAAGUGACGAUGUGGAAUACAGACAUACGAUGACUGAAAGAACGCGGCGCCUGUCAAAACUUCGCCGAGAUUUUAUGACGUCCAACAUACACGAGCCAGGUAGUACCAGUCCUUUCAACCGCUCUGGGACCAGGGCCUCUAUGCCGGCUAACAGUACCUCUCCUAUUAAAUAUAAAAUCGAGAGUCCUAAUCUAUACAAGUUCCCAUUUGCUGAGCCUUAUUCUACACCGACGCCGGUUCGAAGAGUUGUUGUUGACCUCGGCUCGUCAGAGGUAGAUGGCGGCAAGGAGAAUGAAGAUCCGGAAAGAGUUAAACAUCAGAGUUUGUCUGCCGAGACCACUCCAAAAAUUGAUCAACAAAAGUUAUUCGAGGAGUUGGUGAAGAGAUACUCUCCUCAGCGCAAGCCGAUCGACUGGCAGUUACCCCCGACCAAGCCGAGAGUUGUCGCGUCCGUCCCCAAGUCUAGUUCUAGUGUGGCCGAUAGUAUCGAUAGUGGAGAUAAAAAGUUAAAUGAAGAGAAACAUGACAAAGUUGGUGAUGAUGACGUGUUUAACAAGAAGGAAAACGGUGAAGUGCCCGCGGCUAUCAGUGAUAAAUCUAGUGACGAAUCCAAGAACAACACCGAAGGGGCUGUGCAGAACGGACCGGAGUCGCUAGGUGCUGAGACAACAAGCGAUGGUAAAUUAAAAACCUCACAAUCUGAAUUAGACGAGAAACAGGAUCAAGUGCCGGAGCUGUCGAAUAUUCAAAGACAGAUUAGCAGGGAGACCCCUAAAAAGCCACCUUUAGACAAAAUUGUAGAUUUAAGUAUACCAGCACUAAUACAGAAGAUGAAUGUGGAAGGCGACGACCUGGAGAGUAGCAACAAAAAGUCCAAGAAAGUCAAGAGAAAACGUAGCUUCUUAGACAAGUUGCUAGGUCGCAAGAAAGAUAAAUAGUAGCGAUAUAAGUUAUAACAUUGAUGUGAUAUUGAAUAUACUGCAACAUGGUGCAGACCAGCCAAAGAUUAAUAGAAGACGUCAUUUCUGUAAUCUUUUUGAUAUGUAGAUAUUUUUCUUUACAUUGCAAAGGAAUAAACCGAUAGAUUUAUUUAUAUCUAAAAUAAUUAAGGCCAGUCUUCCUCAGUUUUUUAUCGUAAUGCAUUGGUUGGGUUAUCACUAGCUGAUAAUACUAAGUGCCAAGUGACACGCCCUAUCUGCCAAAUUCAAAGUGUUUUAUAACAAAAUAAUGUAUUAUGUGAAUAGCUUGAAACUAAUAUGGAGACUAUUAAUCGAGGUGACUUGUAUUAUGCGACUAGCUAUUAUUAUUAUUGGCUGAAUUAAUUGCAAUACUUCCUGUAAAUUUUCCGUUAACGUGUCGUUCAGUUAUCAAUAGGUACAACUUAAUGAUGUCAUUAUCACAUAAAACUAUUAAUAACUCGCUCUAUAUAAAUGUUUUCAUAAUUCUAAUAUAAAUAAUGUACAUAAUUCCAGAAUGAAGCUAGUGAGCCUUCGAACCAAAUAUUUUCUUAAUAAAUUUUCUGUUUAUAAAAA